UUCACAUUCAUAAGAAGUUAAGAACUACCUCUAUAGCUCUAUGCAACUCGAGUUGACUUUUGACUUGUCUUUCUAUCGUGCUAUAAUUAAGGGGAUUAGUUACUCAAUUUUCAACUAAACUAUAAUCAAUCUGUGCUCUCACUCUGGCCUCACACUUCCCCACUCUCCAUCUAUAAUUUAACUCAACUCCCUUCCUCACUUUCUCACCUCUCCUCGGAAACAGUAACCAUGGAAGAACUCUGCGGUUUCAGUAGUGGUUCUGAUCAUUAUUACUAUUCUUCUUCAAUCGCUAUGCCACAGGAAAACUCGCCACUCGCCGACUACUACAGGAGAUUCGAGCCUCUAACGGCGGUUGUACCCGGGAGUAGCUCCGACCCGGUAUAUUAUUACUCGGGUUCUAAUUCAUCCACCGUGUCCGAUUGUGUUUCGGUGGCGGUAGCAGGAAAUCAACGAGGAGGAGAAGAGGUGUCGUGUACUACCGUUAAUGCUAAGAUCGCUUCUCAUCCUCUCUACCCUAAUCUUGUUCAAGCUUACAUCGAUUGCCAAAAGGUGGGAGCGCCUCCGCAAAUAGCGCAUAUUUUGGAGGAAAUCCGGCGAGAAAGUGAUCAGCUCAGUAGGAUAACCGUCGGUUCGACUUGCAUGGGUGUCGAUCCUGAGCUCGAUGAGUUCAUGGAAACUUACUGUGAUAUAUUGUUGAAGUACAAAUCGGAUCUGACAAAGCCGUUCAACGAAGCAAUCACCUUCUUGAACAGCAUGGAGACGCAGCUCAACAAUCUCGCCAAUACCACUGAUGCUCCAGCAGUUAAUUCUUCUGAUGACGAAGACUUGAGUGGAGGAGAGAUCGAUGUACAGGACUCUGAUCAUCAGCGAAGACAUGAAGAUCAUGAAUUGAAGGACAAGCUGUUGCGUAAAUACAGUGGUUAUAUAAGCACUCUGAAGCAUGAGUUUUCUAAGAAAAAGAAGAAGGGAAAGCUGCCUAAAGAUGCUAAGCAAAUCCUUACGGAUUGGUGGAACCUUCACUAUAAAUGGCCAUAUCCAACGGAAGUAGACAAGAUGACACUGGCUCAAGUGACGGGUUUGGAUCAGAAACAAAUAAACAACUGGUUUAUAAAUCAAAGGAAGCGCCAUUGGAAACCAUCGGAAAACAUGCAGUUUGCUGUUAUGGAAAGCCUCUAUGGUCCUAGUACUUUUUCCAGAGACUGAUUGGAUUUAUCAGCCUCCAGCCGCGGAUCAUAUAUCAGAGUGGAAUCUCAUCUGGUCCCCUUUUAACUUGAUUUGUAAAUGAAUUCUUGAACACGACAUUAAUUUAGCUAAUGCCGGAAGAGACCCCAACGCCCUUUUGGUUCUCCCCAAGUACUUGCAUGUACAUUCUUGACCAUUUACUAUCAAGUGAACGAUAAGUUUUGUUAUAGCA